CCGCCAUGGGCCAGAGUCAUUCGCAAUCCGACGGCGCCACGCCACCACCACCCCCGGUCAAAACGCUUGACCAGUUCCUGUACCGCUUCCGAUCUGUGCUCCCAGUCAUCUGCAUCCGCAGCGCCAGAAACAAGCUGUGGCUAGAUGCAAUUUUCGACAGAUUCGCCUCGACCCCAGCGUCGUCGCCUGAAGCAACCUGGGACCAAUCCAGCUUGCUGGCCUUCCUCCGGAUCGUCGUCCCGGAGCAGCUAUGGCGCGACGUCGACGUCGCCGCCCCAAUCCUCUACCGGUGCAUAUCCCGCAUCGGCUUGUUCCCGUAUCAUAACGUCCACCCCGAUGUAACAUGGCCAACUCUUGAAGUCAUAUCUGUAGCCCUGGUUAUCCUCUCCGGUCGCUUCGGAGAACCGACGCUCAGACUGGGUCCCGCUGACGACGAGCCCUACCAACUCGCCUGGGAUAGGUGGUUCUGUCGUUUGCUGUUCCAAUGCAUGUCGACCGACGGGGCGGUCCCCGAACCGGCGGUCAGGGGUCCCGCCGACGACGAGCACCUCCUGCAGGCCCAUAAAGUGGUUGAAUCCAGGAACAAGGUGCGGGAUUGGGACAGGCCAAAGAUCCUAAUUCGGGGUGAUCCCAUCAUAACGGUCCAAGAUCUUCCUUCGUCUCGAUCUCAGUGCGUCGACGGCGUGGUUCCGCAACACGAGUUCCAGUCACUUGUCAAACUCUUGCUCUUUUUCCAACUUAGCGCGGUUGAGUUCGAGCCGGGUGAUAUGUGCAACGAGCCCGAAAGGUUGGAUUCGGCAACCAAGAGUGUAUUUAGCGCGUUCCUGGACCCUGGUGCUGAUGAAGGAUCUGGUAUAAAGUGGGAGACAUUUGCAGCAGCAGCUCGUGAGGCUUGUCCCAAUUUCCUCAACAUGGGAUUCCACUCCUUGGGUUUAUUGUUCAUUCCCUAUGAAAGGAGCCCUCUGCUCAGCGAUGCAAACCUUCAAACUGUGGCCAAGCAGACCGAAGAAGCGUCAGCCUUGAUCCGUCAGGCCCUGUCGCCGACAGUUAAAAACCCGCCACUAAAGGGCGCCGUCUUCGACUUUGCCACCUUUGCCCAAAUCUACGCGAUCCUGCCGCUCCCCACGAACCUGCAUGAUCCAAACGCGCCGGUGACCGUGCUCCACAGCACCUCGGGCUCCGACUGCGACCUCGGUGCACUGAAGAGCCAGCUGGACCGCGAGCAGCGGCGGCGGCGCCCCAUCGUGCUCCUGGUCUCGGGCCCGUCGGCGCGCUUUGGCGCUUUCCUUCCUGGCGCCAUUGAGCUGCAGGAGGGCGGUCAUGAUGUAAAGGCGGUGGAUCAAGAUCAGCGGGGUCUGGUCUUCCAGCUCGAGCCUACGCUGCGGGUCGUCGGCGGCGUGUAUGGCCGCAGAGUCCAGGUGGAGCUGUCGGCUGUGGGAUUGCAAUUGUCCGUCUCAUCGGGGCAGGGGCAAGGGCACAUCUGCCUUGGCGAAAACGGUCGUUUUGGUAGCUUCUCCCUCUUGAGUGGCCCGGGUGGGCGCUUUGAAGACUUACAUGUGCAGUUCGAGGUCGAUGCUAUGGAUGUUGUUGGCUAUUGAUUCGUGAGGCGUCCAGAAACGGACGUCUUGCUCGCAAUGCUCCCAACCAAGCCUGUGCUUUACCAUCUCAAUAGGGUUUUCAAAAUUGCACGCCAGCUCUACUAUUAUCUGAGAUUCAGGGUUUCACUGCCUCCUGAUAAUUGUAUCAAGUCAUUUCUUGACAGCGGUAACAGAGCCAAUCAACUUGGUUGCAGGUUCAGAGCCCUGAAAUUACGAUAUUCGCUGAGAGCCGGCCGCGCGUUGUUUAGGCUGCUUAGAUUGUAAAUACACCAUGCUAUUAAUGUAGACAACAUGAAUAAGACAAAUAGGCU